AUGGGCAGCGGCGUGCUGGCCGGCUUCCCUGUCGUUGAUGUGCGCGCCACCCUCAUUGGUACGUACUACCAUGAGGUGGUGACCCUCAUUGCACCCUCAUUUCUCUCACAUCCCUCCACGUUUUCCGGUUACCGUUAUCCCUCCUCCUUCAAUCCAAUUUCUUCUUGCACACUCGCCCCUCCUCCUUGUACCUUCACCAGAGGGUUCCUACCACGAGCUAGAUUCGAGCGUGCUGGCGUUUCAGCUGGCAGCAUGCGGCGCACUCAAGCAGGGCAUGGGCGCAAUCAGAUAUCUACACCCUCCCACACCCGCUCCUCCCCAUCCCUUCACCUACCAGAGGGUUCCUACCACGAGCUCGAUUCGAGCGUGCGUGCGUUCCAGCUGGCGGCACGUGGCGCGUUCAAGGAGGGCAUGGGCUCAAUUGAAACGCUAAGCCCUCCUUUCCCCCGUCCAUGUCCCUCUCCCCCGCCCCCACUGCUACUUUUUACCAGAGGGCUCAUACCACGAGGUGGACUCGAGUGUGCUGGCGUUCCAGCUGGCGGCACGCGGCGCGUUCAAGUCAAGGAGGGCAUGGGCAAGGCGUCGCCGCGGCUGGUGGAGCCGGUGAUGAAGGUGGAGGUGGUCACGCCCGAGGACCACAUGGGUGACGUCAUCGGUGACCUCAACUCGCGCCGUGGGCAGAUCAACAGCUUUGGAGACAAGCCUGGUGGCAUGAAGGUGGUGGAUGCGCUGGUGCCGCUAUCAGAGAUGUUCAACUACGUGUCGAACCUGCGCGGCAUGACCAAGGGGCGAGCCAACUACACGAUGCAGCUCGCACAGUUUGACAUCGUGCCCACCAACAUCCAGAACCAAAUCACCGCCAAGGCUCAGGGCACUGCUGUCUAA